AGGGGCGAAAUUUUCGUUUAAAACUUUGACAUUUUGCAUUCAAACUUGAAGAGAACAGCUGUUCCCUUCUUUGUUCACCCCACUACGAUAAAGGACGACAAAUCAAGUCGUGUUUCAAACGUAGACAAGCUCCGCCCGAUUCGUGCCGUAAAGGGCAAAGAAGACAAUGAAACCUCGUGCAGCGCUUCUAAUGAAAAUGAAGGUGUCUCUUUCCAUAGCUUUUCGCCUGUGCAAUUUCCCUGCGCUCACCCCCACCAUUGCUCCCUAAGGUGGUAUUAUUAAUAUUAAGGCCUACCAUUCUGGUAUCAGCCUGAACAAGAGCCUGGCUAAUAUGGCUCUGCUCCCCAUCAAGACACAGUACAAAGGACCAGCCCCUAAAGAGACUGAUGAAGCAACACAGGAUAUCAUCGAUGAAGCGAUAUAUUUCUUCAAAGCCAAUAUCUUCUUCAGAAACUUCGAAAUAAAGAACGAUUGUGACCGUACAUUAAUCUAUGUUACACUUUACAUCACAGAAUGUCUCAAGAAACUGCAGAAAUGCACUUCCAAAAAUGCAGCCCAGAAGGAAAUGUAUACUUUAGCACUGAAGAAUUAUCCGGUUCCUGGAGAAAGUGGUUUUCCACUCAAUGCUAUGUACAGUAAACCAGCACCUGGAACCGAAGACGAAACUCUCCGUAGAAGCUCUACAGGACAUUAUUGUUCUUAGUAAGUCUGGUCCGGA